GCGGACAGGAAGAGGCGGAGCGCCAGCGGCGCCUGGAGCCGGCGCCCCGCACGGGACCGAGCGGCGGCAGCGACAACCUUAGUUGUGAGCCCGGGGGCCGCUUUGCCCACCGUCCCGCCGGUCUCGGCCGUAGCUAGGGGGUCCGCAGGCCCUGCGGCAACCCUCGGUACAGACGCUGGGCGGGAGGCGACACCUGGCCCAUGGCCCCCGAGGCGGCUCCGUCUUCCUUGGCCGUCAGGGCCUCAAGCCCCGCCGCGGCCCCCACCUCGUACGGCGUCUUCUGCAAGGGGCUCUCCCGCACCCUCCUCGCCUUCUUCGAGCUGGCCUGGCAGCUGCGCAUGAACUUUCCGUACUUCUACGUCGCGGGCUCGGUGAUUCUCAACAUUCGCCUGCAGGUACACAUUUAGACCCGUGACUAAGCUAACGGCCUCCGGGACCAACAAGAUGGCCGACUCCUGGGGUCGUUCUCGGCGCAGCGGAGGUGCGGAGAGCGAGCCGCGCAGUCUCGCGAGAGGUUGCUCGGGCGCUCUUCGCGGCUGCGCUCUUCGCUGCUAGCGGAGCUCCUCCCGGGGGCGCCGGGAGCCUUCCGUUCCUAGAAAGAGAAAAUAACGCGAUUCCGGAAACAGAGAACUGCAGUUAAGACCCUCGAAAAGAUCUAAGAAAGCGUGCAUCCUGAAACACCUGACGAAUUUCAGGACGUGACAAAGCACAGAGGGUGCAUUGUUUCCAAUUAAAAGGGUGAAAUUUUCAUGAAAAAGAAAAUCAGUAAACCGGGAAUGUUGGAUUUGGAUUGUAAGCAAGAUUUGAAAUACGAAGCUGAAGGUAUUAAGGCUGUGAUACAGUAGGCACAUAUUUCUUCAUCCCACAAGAGAAAAUAAUCAUCAGAAACUUUCAGUGAGAAAAAGCAAAACUGUGCAAGAAAAACAUCCUCCAACCACCAGACAUAAAAUGCUGCAAGCUUUUGAACUAAUGGGGAGAGUGUAAGAAAAUGGGCUCUAUUUCAGUGCUCUUGUGGCCGGACGACGGAGAUCAAGACUUGGAGCCUCAGAAAAGGAGAUACCGUAGGAGCACAAAGUUUGGCUAUUCAGUGAAUAACAUUUAAAUAAUAGUAAAAUGCAAAUGUUGUUUAUGGUUUUUAUUGUUUAAGGGUGUAUCUAAUUAUGGUUACAGAGUGGAAUGCAAAUGUUAUCCAUCAUGUUUUAAAAAUACAGACGGAAAUACAAGUGGGAAUGUUGAAGAAGGGCGGGAGAGAUAAUGAAAUGGUAGUAAUGUCCUUAUGAAGUGGGAAAUUGAA